AUGUCGACCAUCACAAGAACCCUCACCAACUUGUGGCGAGUAGGAAUAAAGGACUACUUCCACCAACUCCAAAAUAUCGGCGACACGAAAGCUGGUACCUUAAUCGGCGUUGACCGUUUUGGCAAUAAAUAUUUCGAGAACAACGAAGAACUGCCUCUACGGACCAGAUGGGUGGACUACAAGAGCUCCGACUUCGACGCGGGCCAGAUUGAGCCCGGCUGGCACGCCUGGAUGGCCUAUACCGUCGACAAGCCGCCUUCACAAGACCCGCUACUUGCAUACAAAAAGAGAGUAUGGGAAGAUACCGACGCGAAAACUAUUCCUAACUACACUGCAACACGGGGAGCAUACAAGCCGUAUAGCACAUCAAAGUCGAAGAUUACAAUGUGGGAGCCUACCACCGUCGAGAGGAAAUAA